GAGCAGGGUGUCGUGGGCAGGAAGCGGAAGCGCCGAGUUAACCCCGGGUGCAUCAAGAGCGCAAGCUCAUUUCUCGCUCCACACGGCCAGGGCUGGAGGUGGGCGCCCGGCGCUGAGAGGCCAGCAGACCGAUGGGCCUGCCCUGCGUCCUGGGGCUCUGGACUCUGCCGGCCCCGCCAGGGGCCCCGGGCCCAGGCAGCGGCGCCGAGGACAGCCCGGGCCCCAGCUCCUCGGUCGCUGUCAUCCUGCUGCUGCUGCUGCUGCUCCUGCUGGCCACCGGCCUGGCGCUGGCCUGGCGCCGCCUGAGCCGGGACUCGGCGGGCUACUACCACCCGGCCCGCCUGGGCGCCGCGCUGUGGGGCCGCGCUCGCCGCCUGCUCCGGGCCAGCCCUCCAGGCCGCUGGCUCCGGGCUGAGCUGGGGUCGCCAGACGAGGAGCCGCGGCGGCAGGAGGACGGGCAGGGUGCGGCAGAUGACUACGACCCGGGUGCCGGCCAAGAGGAGCGUGCGUCCCGGGACGGAGAGCGGCGAGGAGCGGGGCCCGGCCCGCGGCAGGCCCCGGAGCCGGCCGAGGAAGCCUACGGCGGUGACAGCGGAGGGGGCCUGGGCCUCGGCUGCCAGGGGCCGCUGGGCUCGAGGGGCAGCGCCGAGGCCCUGCUGAGUGACCUGCACGCCUUUGCCGGCAGCGCGGCCUGGGACGACGGCGCUGAGGCGGCUGGGGGCCGGGGCCUCCACGUCACCGCGCUGUAGGAGCCGGCCCUGGUGCCGCAUCCCGGUCACCGUGCCUCCGCUUCCCGAGCUGCCGUGGCCGGACGCAGCCUGCCCUGGCUCAUGUCACCCACACCCCCGCUUGGAGAGCCUCAGACAGUCACUCCCCCGCAAGAGUUCUAGUCCCCAAGUCUGUGUAUCCCUGGCCCCUCCGGGAAGGCCAUCCGUCCCCAGGGGCACGGGGCAGCCAUCCGAAAUAAAACCCCUCCAGC